CGGUGUUAGAACAGGCUGUUAGUUACUAUAUGCGUCUUCUAACAGCAGGAGGCAAACUUCCAAACACCACCUCCGACGAAAGCUUGCAAGGAAGCUGCAACAAUGAACUAUGCUUUACUGUCAAUUUGUCCGGUGAUGCCGCGCUGUCUUCAACUGCGGCGAGGACUGGCGGUGAACUUUACUUCUCUUGGGUCUCCUGGCAUAUCCACAGAAGCUCCCCAGUCAAAAUUUGUUCAUAAUUCUGUUGAGGGUACGGACGUAGAGAGUUUGGAAGGACCAAAUAUGGCGCCAUGCCUUGUCCAUCACGACAGCUCGACUAUGUCCAAACUGUCGCGCGCUGCGAACCGGAACAGUUGCGAACUCAGCCCCAAACCUGCGGUCUUUAGAAAGCACUUCCUUCACGACAAACAACAUUCUGCGGGCGUGCAAACAAAUUCUCAGGAAGGAAUUUUGGCUGGGCACUACAGCAACCUUUCAGGCGAAGCUAUUCCAACAAGUUCAUGGGUCCGAGUAGAAGGAAUUCCACCAUUAUCCUCUCUUCAGGCCAUUCUUGACGGUAUAAGGAACGCAGUUUUAGAAAUCCAAAAUGGAUCUGUUUUGAACAUGGACGCAGCAUGGGAUUCUGACAGUCGGGAUACGUUGCCUGUCGUGGAAAAUAUAGAUUCUGAUGCCUGGGUUCAGGAAGCUAGACUUAUUCUGUCUCCGUUUGGGCGACCCAUGGGUUGGCAUAUUCGUUUACCAAGUCGAUCCAGGGUAUUCGCGCUGUUGAAAUAUUCGCAGACGAACCCUCUCUAUUGCGCUUGGAAGCAAGUCAAAAUUGUCUCCAGUAAUGGACCUAACAGCGCGGACGAUUUGCUCUUUCCGAAGGUCACUGACGCCACAGUACGUGUUGAGAACUGCCCUUUCGACACCAACGCCAUAAGCCUUAUUCAUUUCUUUAGCCGCUUUGACCUCACUGUGAAUGGACCUCCCAUCGAAUUGUGGCCAGGAAAGAGGAGCAACAAUAAGCAAGCACCGCUGACCUACAUUGUGCACUUUGCGGACGCUUCCUGGGCGAGAGCGGCGAUACGCGAGUUGCAAAGUUCUCAACUCAAAGGUAGAACCGUCCGCCUGGCCCAGUUUCCUCGUCAAAUUCUAAAUAUAUAAAUUGAGGCAAAUGUUUAACCAUAGCAUGGCCAAUGAGAAAAUAGGAACCAAAAUCGCUUUUUACCAUUGUCGUUUUCAUAGUGGGCGUGCAAACGACAAAAAGGAAAAGCUUGUUGAGAGUGAUCUGCACCGAAAGAGAUUUUUUCAUGUGAACUCCGAAAAAAACUGAAUGUUCGCCUUUGUACAUUGCCGUGAGAAAUGUAUGCGGACACCUUUCCACUUCCUCGUCGUACCAGGCAAGGAAAUUCGGAAACAUCCUUGUUGUUUUUCAUGAGCUUCUAGCUUUUCUCUUUCGCCACAUUGGAAAGAUUCUAUGUGCGUGCGUAAACGUUGAUUCACGUUAACUUUACGAGAACUUGCAUUAGGAAACAAUUAAUCGACAGGAAAGAAAAGAUUGGCGGUCUGAUGUCCCCUUUUAACUUGAGUUUGUCCUCAGUUUACAGCUAGUCUACAUCCAAUGAGGAUAAGA